AUGGUUAAAUACUUUCUUCAAGCCCUGGAGCGCACUUACUAUGGCCACUUGAUCUCAGCCAUUGGUAAGUCAUUCAAUGAUGUGGUGAAGAUGGGAGAAAUGGUGGAAGAGGGCCUCAAGUCGAGUAAGAUCAUGAGCUAUUCUGCUAUAAAAGCAACCACCCAGGCAAUCCAGAAUGGUACCGGAAGUUUGCUAGGCAAGAAGAAGAAGGAAGAUGUCGCUAUGGUUGUCUCCGGAUCAUGGAAUGGCCCCAGGGGUUCACCUCAUCAAUACACCCAUCCUCGACCCCGACCUCAAACCUACACUCAAGCUCCAUAUAAUCCACCUCAACAUUACUUUUCCCCGCAAAAACCCCAAUACUCAGCCAGGCCAUCCCAAUACCUUGUUCACCAUGCACAGUCAUAUGCUCAACCCCCUCUUUACCCGCAAUGGCAUGCUCCAGCUCCGCAGAAUAUCUACCCAGCUCCACAAAAUACAUAUCCACCUCCACAACCCUUCCAAAACCUUACCGGUUCAAACUUUCGACCAAGGCCGGAGUAUAGAAGAGAGAGGCAGCAGCGAAACAAACUUUUACCCCGCUUGGAGAGUCCUAUGCUAGUUUGUUUCAAAGGGCAUGACAUAGAGAAGUUCUGGCGUUUGAAAACGGCAAUCCAGGAGCUCAUUUAUACGAACCAAAUUGUAGUCCAAAGCCCAGACGCGCCAAACAUCAACCGAAACCCUUUGCCAGCCCAUGAAGAGACACAUAUGAUUGAAAUAGUUCACAAGGAUGGGGAACCCAAGAAGUCUUCUAAGUCCGUCAAGAUGAUUCGGGCCAGUGAAAGUAAUUUGGUCAAAGCUUUAGAUUCGACCAAAGCAAAGCCUCUGACGGUUGAGGGGGGGACAGAAAAGCAGAGCUCGCUCGAUUUGAAACCACCGGUGUUGGUCGUGAAAGGGAUGUCAAAAGAUAUUGGGGCAAGUCCAGAAAGCCCAAAAGUGUUAGUGCCAGGGAUUCCAAGUAAGCCUGUCAUAGUUGUGAAGGGGGCUCCUAUUACCCCUAUCAUCAUUAAACCAGUAACCCAGCUGCCAGUGGUGGAUGCCAAGGCUGUUCCGUGGAAUUAUAGACAAGUGAUAGUGACAUACAAAGGAAGAGAAAUAGAGGAAGAAGUUAAUGAAACUGGAGGAUUGACUCGUUCUGGGAGAAGUUUCUCCCCAGAAGAAUUAAGGAAAGCCAAGCCAUUCAAGGAUAGCCAAAUGCCAGUAAUGAAAUCGGUCACCGAGGAAGAGGCUGAGGAGUUCCUGAAAAAGAUGAAAGUGCAGGAUUAUUCCAUUGUGGAUCAGGUCUUGAUGAAGAUUUUGAAUGAGGCCCAUGUUCCUGAUAAGAUCACGGUGAAUCACUUGGAAAAGAUAGCUAGCAAGAUCUUUGAAGUCAACAGGAUCACUUUCUCAGAUGAUGAACUUCCUAUGGAGGGUACAGAACACAACCGAGCUCUUUAUCUCACGGUGAAGUGCGAAGAUUCUGUUGUCUCAAGGGUUUUGGUUGAUAAUGGCUCUAAUUGGCACCGAAAGAAUCCACUUGAACAGUGUGUGUGUUCGAGCUUUGAUGGGGGAGGUAAAGAUUCUGUCGGAGAUAUAAUGCUCGAAUUGUCGAUAGGGCCUGUCGAGUUCACCAUGGAAUUCCAAGUGUUAGACGUGGUUGUCUCCUACAAUCUGUUGUUGGGCAGGCCUUGGAUACAUGCUGCUAAGGUAGUCCCGUCUUCUCUGCACCAAAUGGUGAAGUUCGAAUGGGACAGGCAGGAAAUAGUUGUGCACGGUGAUGAGGACUUGUCAACUU